AAAUUGCUAAUAUGGUGAGUAAAAAAUUAUGCAUUAAACUGUACAUUUAUUUAUGUUUUUAUGUGGUCACGGCAGAGCGUCUAAUGUUCUAGGACACUAUACAUAGCAGCCAAUACAGAGUACACUUUCCAUCCACUCACACCUGAGAAGAACUGGACGAGAUCAUCCAGUGGUUGAAAACUUGAAUCGCAUGCAUAUAGUAUUUCCUAUCCACGAUAUAUAGCAGGCUAGCAGCAGCCUGCCAAGUAGUCCAGCGCAAACGGUUUGGGCAGUCAUGCAAAGCAAGCCUCCAUCUAAUCCGCGACGCGUCGCGAGGCAGCCAGCCAUCUUUCUGUUUCCGACGUCUGCUCUAACGAUUCUUUGAAGAAUUUAAGGACCUCAUGAGUCUGUCCCUGCAACAGCAAUGGCUGCCUCCACAGCAUCAUCAUGGUCUGCCGCCGGCGGCCUAAGUGCCACCUCCUGUGUGUCUCCGCCACCGCAGCGCCGCCAUGGCAGCAGCUUGAAGCCGCCGCAGCGCUCUGGACAGCCGGCGGCGACGACCCUAUCCGCAUCAGGGAACCAACCGAACCUAUCGUACUUAGACUGUACGUGUAGGACAAGGACUAGGAGGAGAGGCGACCGAAUCAGAGCUGCCGAUGCCGUGACCAUGGAUGGCUGGGCAGCACGGCUUGAAGCCCCGGUAGCGGUUGUCACUGGAGCGUCUAGAGGGAUUGGCAGAGCCAUAGCUGUGGCACUUGGCAAAGCAGGGUGCAAGGUGAUUGUGAACUAUGCCAAGUCAGGCAUGGAAGCUGAAGAAGUGUGCAGAGAGAUCGAGGAGUCCGGUGGGACGGCGAUCAGCUUCGCUGCCGACGUCUCUUGCGAGGCCGACGUCGAAUCCAUGAUGAGGGCCGCAAUUGAUGCUUGGGGAGCUCUGGAUGUCCUGGUGAACAAUGCAGGGAUUACACGUGACGCGCUGCUGAUGCGGAUGAAGAAGACCCAGUGGCAAGAGGUGGUUGAUGUCAACCUCACCGGCGUUUACUUCUGCGCCCAGGCUGCAGCCACCGUGAUGAUGAAGAGGAAGAAGGGAAGGAUCAUCAACAUCGCAUCAGUUUCCGGUAUCAUCGGCAACGUCGGGCAGGCCAACUACUGCGCCGCCAAGGCUGGGGUUAUUGGCCUCACCAAGGCCAUGGCCAGGGAGUACGGAGGCAGAAACAUCAAUGUGAACGCCGUAGCACCGGGCUGGGUGGCGUCCGACAUGACCAAUAAACUAGGGGACGAUGUGGAAAGGAAGGCGCUCGAGACCAUACCAUUAGGACGGUUUGGGAGGCCAGAAGAGGUUGCCGGGCUGGUGGGGUUCCUGGCUGUUCAUCCUGCCGCUAGUUACAUCACCGGACAGGUGCUCACUAUUGAUGGUGGCUUGUCGAUUUGAAGGGCUUCAUGCCACUAGCUCAUUUCUCUCCAUUUUGUAAUGUUCUGCAUGAAAAUACCUCAAGUACAAGUAAAACUUAUUAUUGAUAAAAAUAUACUCAUGCUAUGCUAUUUUUCCUUUUAUUCUGAGGAUCUUGACAGUGUUUUGACUAUGUAAAAGUGUGACAUUUUCACCGGUAACAAGAUUCCCUAAAUUUAACCUUUGCUCGUGGCCUCGGUGGAUUAGGGGAUCCUGCUAUGGUUCACAUUAGCAUAU